AUGGGGUCCGUUCAAGUCGAAAACUAUGAUGUGCUCAUUAUCGGAGCCGGUCUAUCCGGAGUUUGCAGCCUCUACCACCUACGAAAGCGUUUCCCUACGUGGCGCAUCCGCGUACUGGAAGCCGCCGAGAGCGUGGGCGGAACCUGGUUUUGGAAUCGCUAUCCUGGUGCCCGAGUUGACUCUGAGUCUCUUUCAUACGCAUUCUCUUUCGACAAAGAGCUGAGGAAUGAAUGGCACUGGAAGGAGUCAUUUGCCCCUCAGUCGGAGAUCCUCCGAUACAUCGAACGGAUCGCGGACAAACACGACCUGUCAAAGAACAUCCAGUUCCAAACUCGCAUCAAGUCUGCUCACUGGCAGGAUACCAGUCGGACAUGGUUGUUUACGGAUGAUACUGGAAAGUCAUACCAGGCCCGGUUCUUUGUUAGCUGCAUGGGGUUCUUGUCGUCCCCCACGCUGCCCGUCAUUCCCGGCAUCGAAGAUUUCCAAGGCGAAGCAUUCCAUACCUCUCGCUGGCCCAAGAAUUUUGAUCUCAAGCACAGCUUCGCCAACAAGCGCGUUGGUGUUAUCGGUACCGGUGCGACCGGAAUCCAAACCAUCACGGCCGUGUCCAAGGAUCCGAACGUUCAAUCAAUUACCGUUUUCCAACGAACCGCAAACUGGUCCGCGCCCUUGCGCAAUGAGGAAAUCAGCCUCGAGCAAAUGAAAACCCACUGGGAGAACUACGACGACAUCUUUCAACUCUGCGCCGAAACACCUGGUUGCUUCAUGCACCAAGCCGACCCUCGGAAGUCCUUGGAAGUUUCCGAGGAAGAGCGCUACACACUGUGGGAGGAGAUCUAUGCAAAACCAGGAUUCGCAAAAUGGCUCGGAGCUUUCAGCGACACAUACACCAACCGUGAGGCGAACAAGCUCUACUCCGACUUUAUCGCAAACAAGAUUCGACAACGCGUGCACGAUCCCAAGGUCGCUGAGAGCCUGAUCCCGAAGAACCAUGGCUUUGGCACCAGACGAGUGCCGCUUGAAAGCGGAUAUUUCGAAGUGUAUAACAAACCCAACGUGAAUUUGGUUGAUUUGCAACAAACACCGAUCGAGCGAAUUACGGGAAAGGGUAUCAAGACAUCUGACGGCAAGCACCAUGACCUUGAUGUGCUGAUUUAUGCCACUGGCUUCGAUGCCAUUACCGGUGCUUUCAGUGCUAUUGAGUGGCAUGCCAAGGAUGGUCGACCCCUUGUCGGUAGCAGUGAUACUGAGCAAGGCGAGCAAGCCGUCUGGGUCGAUCAUCGUCCCCGAACUUAUCUUGGAUUGACGGCUCGCUCGAUGCCCAACAUGUUCAUGGUUCUCGGACCUCACCAGCCCUUCGGCAACGCGCCCCGGACAAUUGAGCAUGCUGUUGCAGUGGUCUCUGAUCUACUUCAAUACUGCAAGGAUAACAACUACACUUACGUCGAGCCGACCGAGAGGGCUGUGGAGGAAUGGACGGAACACGUAGUAGAAUGCAGCAAGGGAUCACUGUCGAACGAAAUUGACAGCUGGAUGACUGGCGUCAACAAGAACAUCAAGGGAAAGACUGUUCGUAGUGUUGCCAGAUACUCUGGUCAUGCUGUUGAGUACCGCCGACGAUGUGCCGAGUGCAAGGAGAAUGGUUGGAAAGGAUUCUGCUUCAAGACUGAUCAGCCAGAUCCCCUCGCAAGGAUCUAA